UUUUGGAUCAGAGCACCGGCAGUCGGAAGAGCCACGGCAGAGUCCCAACGCCACCAAUUUCUUAUAUUUUGGGGUUCCCAUUUUUUCUCAUUAGGGAUUCCAGAAAAGCAAAAACAUUAUCUCAUUAGGGCUUCAAGAAUCAAAAUUCCACUCAGUACUGAGGGAAUGGGUGAUGAAGAGGGAACUGGUACCGGCGAUGGAACAUACUGCACUGAGGGCUUGAAGAGUGAAGCCGUGAAUAAUGGGUCUGCAAUUGGAAAUGGGAAUGAUGGUGGUCAGUGGAACUCUGGUGGAAGCAAGAGCUUCAAAACUUACAAGAGGCGGAAGCAUGUGAGAUCAAGUUCAGAUGGCAAAGCUCAGCAAGACUGGAGAGUUUGUGCAGAAGCUGCAAGUCAGUUAACGGAACAGACUCUGAAGGAACCUGGUCACACAGUUAUAGAAAAGAACUCUAUUGAAGAAGUCCAUGUUCCUAUGGAUGGUUCAGAUGACUGUUUACAGAGGCACUGGAGAAAUGUUAUACUGGAGCACAUGCAUCGGUCAUCUAGUGUUGAUGAAAGUUUUAUACGGGGGUGCAUUUGGAAGGCACUUGUAUUUAAUCAUGGAACUGAUGGUACGAUGGUGGUUAAGGAAUCUGGCCAUUGUGAUGAAGACAGGCGUGAAGCUUCACAAACAGGGUGCAUGCCGAAUGGAUCCCAGAAAGCAGCUAAUGGGCAUGCAGGUGCUUUAUCUAGUGGAUGUUUAAAUGAAUCUGAUCACAAUAACAAUACUGAGAAGUGUCAGCGUGCUACGUUUAAUAUUUUAAUUUCGGACAAGUUCACCUCAUUGUGCAAGCUGCUGUUUGAGAAUUUCCAAGGAAUCAAGGCUGACUUUUUUGACUUUAGUGUCAUAAACUUGAGGAUGAAAGAGGGAGCUUAUGAACGUUCACCUGUCCUUUUCUCUUCAGAUAUUCAACAGGUAUGGCGAAAGCUUCAAGAGAUUGGAAGUGAGUUUGUUUCUCUUGCAAAGAGCCUUUCAGACAUGUCAAGUACUGCCUAUCAUGAGCAGGUGGGAGGACGAAUACACAGCACAUAUGAAGAUGGUGAACACGAGUUUCUUCCCCGGGAAUCAGACUCUCUGAUUAAACCAGUGCAAACAGAAGAUUGUGGUGUGUUCAAAGUUUGCACUUGCAGGCAAUGCGGAGGCAAGGCAGAUGGUAGGGAUUAUUUAUUAUGUGAUUCAUGUGAGGAGAUGUACCAUGUCUCCUGCAUCGAACCUGCCAUCAAAGAGAUUCCCCCUAAAAGCUGGUACUGUGCCGUUUGCGCUGCAAGUAGAAUCGCGUCACCCCAUCAAAAUUGUGAAGUGUGUGAUAGGCUUAUUGCUCCUAAGUCCUUAAGUAAUGGAGGUGAUGAUGAAACUUCUGCUAUAAAUGAAGAAACUUCUAUUGACAUCGAAGAAAACUCAAAUUGUGGUAUGGACGAUGGGCUUCAACCAUCAAAAGGUGGAAAAAACUCUUUAUGCUGUAAAAUUUGUGGAAAUGAGGUAGAAGAUGGUGAAAAGUUGAAGGCUUGUGGUCACAGCUUUUGCCCAAAUAAAUACUACCAUGCUAGGUGCCUGACAACUAAGCAAUUAAAAUCAUAUGGCUCCCGUUGGUACUGCCCUUCUUGUCUGUGCAGGGUUUGCCUCGCUGAUCAAGAUGAUGAUAAGAUCAUUUUAUGUGAUGGCUGUGAUCAUGCAUACCACAUCUAUUGCAUGAAACCACCGCGUACAUCAAUUCCAAGAGGGAAAUGGUUCUGCAGAAAAUGUAAUGCAGGGAUCCAGGCAAUACGCAGAGCGAAAAGAGCAUACGAGACUAAAGAAAUUAAACAUAGAAAGAAAGGUGUAGGGGGGUUUAUGCCAGUUGAAAAUCUUGAAAAGAGAUGGAAUGAUAAAGGAGAAGAGGCAUCAGAAAAAGGUGGAGGGAUGGACAUGCUUUUAACUGCAGCAAAGACACUAAAGUUUGAAGAGAAUUUGGGUGCCAUUGAGAUCGGGCUAUAGAAAUCAUGAAUUUUUUGGGGACGUAAAGUCAAUAGUUUUUGGCAAGUAUUGAUUUUAAUUUUACUUGUAUCUCCCAAUGCCAAGAAUUUUAUUUUCACUACAUUUUUAAAUUGACUGGUAUGUGUAGGUUGUGGAAUGUUAGAUCUUGCUGACUUUUGGCUGCUUAAACUGGGGAAAAUAUGAUUCUGAAGGUUGUAUAUUACUGGUCAGCAGAGCCAGAAACUGUAUUUGUAGCUUGAAUCUGCCGAAAUGAACAGAAACAAGAUACCAUUUAGGCCUAAAGUGAUUGUUCUGAGAGCCACUGUUUAAUUUGUUGCUUUGUAUUUGUGUACAUAAAAAGAAAUCCCAAGAACAGUUCUUGAUGAUUGAAGUAGGGGAUAUGGUUCUUUUGUCAUAUUUGAAUCUGUUGUAUUUGAAAUCUUCAGUAUGCCUUGGGAGUUAGGAUAUUGGUCAUUGGAUAAUUUUCUGACUUUUUAAGUCUAAUGUAUAUGAUAUUUAGGUUUACUCCUAGAAUUUGGAGUUGUAAUAUUAUUGUGAAUGUAUUAUGUUACAAUU